GUUACAGUAAAGAUGAACUGUUAUGGGCUUAUUGGAGAAUUUUGAGGCAUUUAGAGCGGGUUAGAGUGCGGCACUACAAUCAAUUUCAGGAAGCUCCUCCUCCUCCUGGUGCUGCUCCGUGGCACCGACAACUUCUCACGCCGUGGUGCUUUUGUUGUCACCGCGCUGCACGUAGCCAAUAACCAGAAGGUUACGAGGAGGUUGUUUCGCUUCUGCCUGCAGUAGGAUUCAUUCAUUCCCGGAGAGCAAAUCGUGUCGUCCCGGAGCAGAAAACAAGCGAGCGCUUUUGCAGACUGGUCGCUUUGCACGGGCCUUUUGUUUUCUGCGUUUCUGCUCCAUCAAGGACGGGAAAUAGAGAGCCAGAUCCAUACGGAGAUCCAUGACAGACGCUUUGGAGAGGAUAUCGCUUCAGUAUCACGGUUCUGCAGGGGUUCAGCCAUGGAUGCCGGGAGGCUCGAGCAGCAGGUGGCCAGUGUGGAGAGAGGCAUCACCUUCCUGAAGCAGGAGCACCUGGCAAUGCUGACUGGCCUGCAGCUGGAGAUCACACACCUGAAGAGGCGCUGUCAUGGUCAGUGUACAGAGCUGAGCUGUGAGCUGGACUCCAGGUUUCCCGACAGAAACACAGCAGAGGAGGCAGAGCUGGUGGCGCGUUGUGACGCUGCGGAGCGACUUCUACAGGACCAGCACUGCAUGCUGGUCGCUGUACGGGGGGAGCUGCGGGCCAGCCGGGCACGGGCAUCGGCACUCGGGAGGAGCCUCAGAGAAGAAGAGCGAUGUUUCUUAGAGGAGCUGAAACGUCGAAGCCACAAGAUCACACUGCUGAGUCGUGAGCUUCAGCGGCAAAAUGUCACCACCACGACCCUGUGUCACGAGCUGCACACUGCACGGUUAAAACUGUUCCAGCAACAGCAGAGCAGUGGGUCUGCUCCUGAGGGAGAGGAGGAGGAGGCCAGAGGAAAGGAGGAGGAGGAGGAGGAAGAGGAGGAUGAAGAUGAUGAAGAUGGUGAAGGGGAGAGCACAGACUGGCUACUGUCUCCACCUCCUCCUGUCUCUCCCAGCCAAUCAGAGGCGAGGCAGAGGAUGCGCAUCAGCGUAAGAGAGGAGAGGGUCAGGGCUUGCGUCCCGCAGGAGAGAGUGACAUCACCGCAGCAGCCACACCCCAUGCCUGACCCCGCCCUCUUCCUGGUGCCACUUAGGUACCGCCUCCUCCGCAUGCACCAGCCAGUCAGAUCACAGGAUGGAGAAGGGCUGGAGGACGAAUGGGAGGAUAUUGAUGACAGCAGGGUGCCCAGGAGGGUGGACAUGGGAGCAGGGGAGGGAGAAACUGCUCUGUGAUGAAGACGGGGAGGUGGAGUUGUCUUCCAACAGGUCUCAGCUAACGUCUGAUGCAGUUAUACUAGAAAAAGAUCCAGAUGAGAGCGAUGUAACCUUGUGAUUGUGUGUAGAUUUUGGGAGGUUAGAGUUUAGUUGUGCAGGAGUGCGUGAUCCAACCUACACGUAGACGUUAUUAGGUGAAUUUGUCACAUUGAUGGUGCAGCAUGUAGUCUGAAAGUGUGAAGAAACAGGGCCAAAAAAAGCAAAGAAGAUUAAUGGCUUCAUAUGGAUGCCUUUUGAUUUUAACACUGUUGAUCACAGCUUUUUGCCUAUAAUUAGUAGCCUUGCCGACACCGUGCCGAUAAAGUGGCUAUCUGCUUUCUCACUGCACAAGCUGUACUGCAGGUUUGGAGAGUCACUCUGAAAGGCUUAGGGACAUUUUGUAAUCAUU